AAAUAGGUGAUGAAUUUAAGUUGGGUGAUUGGGUGGAAAUAUCUAAUAAUUUCUCCUUAUUAUCUUAAGUAACUUACAGUGGCGGAUAUGUAAAUGGCAAAAAGGUUGGAAAAUGGGAUAUAUGGCAUAAGGAGGAUAAUGAUAACAAAAAGAUGUAAAAUUAUAUUAUUUAGUUUGAUAAAUAAUUAUAUUAUGAAAAAUAAUGUGUAUUAGUGGUGGAGGAUUAUAUGAUGAAACAGGGAAUGAACUCAAGUUAGGUAAUUGGGUUGAAACAACAAAUAAUUUUAAAUUGAAUUCAUAAGUAAUAUUUAGUGGUGAAUAUAAAAAUGGUAAAAAAGUUGGAAGAUGGGAUUUUAAGUAUAAGAAAGACAAUAAACCUUUCUUUAAAAUGUAAAAAUAUUUAAAAUGGUGAUAUAGUGGUGGAGGAUCAUAUGAUGAUUCAGGCGAUGAAAUUAAAUUGGGUAAUUGGGUUGAAAUUAUGGGUAAUUUCAGGGACUACUCUUAAGUAACCUACAGAGGUGAAUAUAAAAAUGGAAAAAAAGUUGGUAUAUGGAAGGAAAUGAAGAGAGAUAAUUUGAGUAUAAAGGAAGAAUUUAUAAUAGUAUAAGAGAUUAAAUAUGAUAAUUGA